AGGAGCUCGCACACCGGCACACGGCUGAAGCUUGAUCGGGAGCUCGCACGUAUGGUAUAAAUACAGAGGAGGAGAGGAGAGUUUCAAUUUCAAAACAAAAAAAAAAAAAGGAGAGGAGAGGCCAGGUGCAGUGCAGGGCACCAACACUGAUCGAUCGAGGCUGCAGUGACCGGCCGGAGAAGAUGGGGAAGGCGGCGGCGACGGUGGUGCUGGCGGUGAACGGGCAGAGGUACGAGGCGGCCGGCGUGGACCCGUCGAUGACGCUGCUCGAGUUCCUCCGCACCCGCACGCCCGUCAGAGGCCCCAAGCUCGGCUGCGGCGAAGGUGGCUGCGGUGCAUGCGUGGUCCUCGUCUCCAAGUACGACCGUGCCACCGACGAGGUGACCGAGUUCUCGGCGAGCUCCUGCCUGACGCUGCUCCACAGCGUAGACCGUUGCUCGGUGACCACCAGCGAGGGCAUCGGCAACACCAGGGAUGGCUACCACCCCGUGCAGCGGCGCCUGGCCGGCUUCCACGCCUCGCAAUGCGGCUUCUGCACGCCCGGCAUGUGCAUGUCCAUAUUCUCCGCCCUCGUCAAGGCGGAAAAGGCUGCCGACCGCCCUGCGCCACCCGACGGCUUCUCCAAGCUCACCACAUCAGAGGCCGAGAGGGCCGUCUCCGGCAACCUUUGCCGCUGCACUGGGUAUAGGCCCAUCGUCGACGCCUGCAAGAGCUUCGCGUCUGAUGUCGACAUCGAGGACUUGGGGCUCAACUGCUUCUGGAGGAAAGGUAGCGAAGCUGCAGAUGUCAGCAAGCUGCCAAGCUACAACAGUGGCGCCGUCUGCACCUUCCCGGAGUUCCUCAAAUCCGAGAUCAAGUCUUCAGUGGAUCAGGCAAAUGGUGCUACGGUGAUGGACUCCGAAGACGGUUGGUACCAUCCUAAGAACAUCGAAGAGCUUCACGGGCUGUUCGAUUCCGACUGGUUCGAUGAAAAUUCCGUGAAGAUUGUGGCUUCAAACACUGGGUCUGGAGUGUACAAGGAUCAAGACCUUCAUGACAAGUAUAUUGACAUCAAAGGAAUCCCAGAGCUUUCAGUCAUCAACAGAAGCAGCAAGGGAAUUGAGCUUGGAGCAGUUGUGUCCAUCGCUAAAGCCAUUGAGGUGUUGUCAGAUGGAAAUCUGGUCUUCAGAAAGAUUGCUGAUCACCUGAACAAAGUGGCUUCACCGUUCAUUCGGAACACUGCUACCGUAGGUGGAAACAUAAUCAUGGCACAGAGGUUGCCAUUCGCGUCGGAUAUUGCAACCGUACUACUAGCUGCAGGUUCAACGAUCACCAUCCAGGUGGCAUCCAAAAGAAUUUGCCUUACUCUGGAGGAGUUCUUGCAGCAGCCACCUUGUGAUCCUAGGACUCUGCUGUUGAGCAUAUUUGUACCAGAUUGGGGUUCAGAUGAUAUCGCCUUUGAGACUUUCCGAGCAGCACCUCGUCCAUUUGGCAAUGCUGUUUCAUAUAUAAACUCGGCUUUCUUAGCAAGGACAUCAAGCGACCAUCUCAUUGAGGAUAUGUGCUUGGUAUUCGGUGCUUACGGAGUCGACCAUGCCAUCAGAGCUCGCAAGGUUGAGAAUUUCCUGAAGGGCAAAUCGGUAAGCCCGUCUGUUAUACUUGAAGCAGUUAAGUUGCUUAAAGAGACUGUUUCGCCAUCAAAAGGCACGACACAUCCCGAAUACAGGAUAAGCUUGGCUGUCAGUUUUCUGUUCAGCUUCCUGUCUUCCCUUCCCAACAGCUCCAGUGCACCAGCAAAAGUUGAUACUCUCAAUGCAUCAUAUACUAAUGGAAUUACAAAUGUUAGCACUGAGUACUCACCAGUCGAACAUCUUAAGGUUGACAGCAAUGAUUUGCCAAUUCGCUCAAGGCAAGAAAUGGUUUUCAGUGAUGAAUACAAGCCUGUUGGCAAGCCGAUUAAGAAAGCUGGGGCAGAGCUCCAAGCCUCUGGGGAGGCGGUGUACGUUGAUGAUAUCCCUGCUCCCAAGGAUUGCCUCUAUGGAGCAUUUAUCUACAGCUCACACCCUCAUGCCCAUGUGAAGGGUAUCAACUUCAAACCAUCUUUGGCUUCACAGAAGGUCAUAACAGUUAUCACCGCAAAGGAUAUUCCGAGCGGCGGAGAAAAUGUUGGAUCCAGCAUCAUGCAAGGAGACGAAGCACUUUUUGCUGAUCCAGUUGCUGAAUUUGCUGGUCAAAAUAUUGGUGUCGUGAUUGCUGAAACACAGAAGUACGCCUAUAUGGCAGCAAAGCAAGCUGUUGUUGAGUAUAGCACAGAAAAUCUGCAGCCACCAAUUCUGACGGUAGAAGAUGCCAUCCAAAGAAGCAGCUACUUCCAAAUUCCACCAUUUUUUGCUCCCAAGCCGGUUGGUAAUUACAACCAAGGGAUGUCUGAAGCAGAUCACAAGAUUUUAUCAGCAGAGGUAAAACUUGAAUCCCAGUACUUUUUCUACAUGGAGACUCAAGUGGCACUAGCUAUUCCAGAUGAAGAUAACUGCAUAACUAUCUAUUCCUCGACACAAAUGCCUGAGCUCACACAAAAUGUGGUAGCAAGGUGCCUUGGCAUUCCAUUUCACAAUGUCCGUGUCAUCACCAGAAGAGUCGGAGGAGGCUUUGGUGGAAAGGCAAUGAAACCAACACAUAUCGCAUGUGCAUGUGCCGUUGCUGCCUUCAAGCUGCGGCGUCCUGUUAGGAUGUACCUCGAUCGCAAGACAGACAUGAUAAUGGCAGGAGGGCGACAUCCUAUGAAGGUGAAGUACUCUAUUGGGUUCAAGUCAGACGGCAAGAUCACAGCCUUGCACCUUGAUCUUGGGAUCAAUUGUGGAAUAUCGCCAGAUGGGAGUCCAGCGAUGCCACGUGCUAUCAUAGGUGCUUUAAAAAAGUACAACUGGGGUGCUCUUGAAUUUGACACCAAGCUCUGCAAGACAAACGUCUCAUCAAAGUCAUCAAUGCGAGGUCCUGGAGAUGUGCAAGGCUCUUUCAUCGCAGAAGCUAUCAUUGAGCAUGUUGCGUCGGCACUCUCAGUAGACACUAACACCAUCAGGAGGAAGAACCUUCAUGAUUUCGAAAGCCUUGCAGUGUUCUAUGAAGAAAGCGCAGGUGAACCCUCUACAUACAGCCUGGUGUCCAUGUUUGAUAAGCUGGCCUUGUCCCCAGACUACCAGCACAGAGCAGAAAUGAUUGAGCUCUUCAACAACAGCAACAAGUGGAAGAAACGAGGGAUUUGUUGUGUUCCAUGCACGUAUGAGGUGAGUCUUCGACCAACUCCAGGCAAGGUGUCCAUCAUGACUGAUGGUUCCAUUGCAGUCGAGGUUGGAGGAAUUGAGAUAGGUCAAGGGUUAUGGACUAAAGUGAAGCAGAUGACAGCAUUUGGAUUGGGACAGCUGUGCCCUGACGGCGGCGAAUGCCUCCUGGACAAGGUGCGGGUUAUCCAGGCUGACACAUUAAGCAUGAUCCAGGGAGGUUUCACUGCUGGGAGCACCACUUCUGAAACUAGCUGUGAAGCAGUUAGACAAUCAUGUGCUAUACUCGUCGAGAGGCUGAAGCCUAUCAAGGAGAGUCUGGAAGCUAAUGCCAACCCAGUGGAGUGGAGUGCUUUGAUUGCUCAGGCAAGCAUGGCGAGUGUGAACUUAUCGGCACAGGCAUACUGGACUCCCGAUCCAUCUUUCACAAGCUACCUGAAUUAUGGAGCUGCCAUCAGUGAGGUGGAAGUUGAUGUCCUGACAGGAGCAACAACAAUCCUACGGAGUGACAUCGUAUACGACUGCGGGCAGAGCCUGAACCCUGCUGUGGACUUGGGCCAGAUCGAAGGCUCAUUUGUCCAAGGAGUGGGCUUCUUCACGAACGAAGACUACGCUACGAACUCUGACGGCCUGGUCAUCCAUGACAGCACAUGGACGUACAAGAUCCCCACGGUGGACACCAUUCCCAAGCAGUUCAACGUUGAGAUGUUCAACAGCGCCCGGGACAAGAAGCGCGUCCUGUCUUCAAAAGCGUCGGGCGAGCCGCCGCUGGUUCUCGCGGCCUCGGUGCACUGCGCGAUGAGGGAGGCAAUCAGGGCCGCCAGGAAGGAGUUCUCGGUCUGCACAGGCCCCGCAAACUCCGCAACCACCUUCCAGAUGGACGUCCCGGCGACGAUGCCCGUCGUCAAGGAGCUCUGCGGCCUGGACGUCGUGGAGAGGUACCUCGAGAGCGUAUGUGCUGCCGGCUCAAACACUGCGAAGGCAUAGAUCCAGCAGCCGCAUUGCCAGAGAUUGAUGAGGUUAAUCGAGAUGUGGCAUUGUGAAUCGGGAGCCAUGAACAGUAUAAUGCGUCUGACAGGGCGAAUGUGCGGAAGAAAUCAUAAGAUUUCGCCAGGAUUAUGAAGAAAUUAUGCUGAA